UCUUGUGCAAAGAGAACUGAGCAUCAUGAAGAACCAACGAGCUUUGAUCGCUGCCGCUUCCGCGAUGGCGCUGCUGUGCCUGGCUGUGGCCGAGCCCGUCCCUUACGGCGGCGGAAGGAAAGGCCACGGCGGGUCCGGGUCUGGCUUUGGCAGUGGAGGAGUCGGGGGUGGAGGAAGAGGAGCUGGUGGAUCAGGGUUCGGAAGUGGAGGAAGUGGCUCUGGUUCCGGUGGAUCAGGCUUCGGAAGUGGAGGAGUGGGAUCCAGCACUGGUGGAUCAGGCUUCGGAAGUGGAGGAGUGGGAUCCAGCACUGGUGGAUCAGGCUUCGGAAGUGGAGGACUGGGAUCCAGCACUGGUGGAUCAGGUUUUGGAAGUGGAGGGUCAGGCUUAGGGGGUGCCGGUAGUGGCUCUAGUGGAUUUGGAUCAGGCUCUGGGAGUGGAGGAUUAGGUGGAUCAGGAUUGGGCGGCAGUGGAGGCGGUGCCGGACAAGGUUACAGCGGCAGUGGAGUUGGUGGCAGUGGAGGUGUUGGAGGAGGUAGUGGAAGCCUUGGAGGAGCUGGUGGAAGCCUUGGUGGUGGCAGCACUUUUGGCUCCACUGGUGGACUUGGUGGCAGUGGAGCCGUUGGUGGCAGUGGCGGCUUUGGAGGCAGUGGUGGACUUGGUGGCACUGGAGGCGUUGGUGGCAGCCAUGGAAGUGGCCUUGGAGGUUUCGGUUCCAGUGGAGGUCUUGGAGGCAGUGGUGGUCUUGGUGGCAGUGGAGGAGUUGGUGGCAGCAGUGGUACCUUCGGAGGAAGCAGUGGACUUGGUGGCAGUGGAGGAGUUGGUGGCAGCAGUGGUACCUUCGGAGGAAGCAGUGGACUUGGUGGCAGUGGAGGAGUUGGUGGCGGCAGUGGUACCUUCGGAGGAAGCAGUGGACUUGGUGGCAGCGGUGGCUUCGGAGGCAGUAGCCUGGGUGGGUCUUCAGGCGCAAGCAAAGGCGGGAGCGGCCACCUUAGCACCAGUUAUGGUGUACCUAAUUAGUACAUGAAACGAGGAACUGACUCAACAGGCAAUGCUAUUGCUCUCCUGCGUAUGUCGAUGUACUCAUCCACAUGUGUACAUGUAUGAACAUGACCUAUAAUUGGCUACCAACAAUAAAAUGUUGAUGCGUCA